UUCCCCCUCUCCUCAUCAGAUAACACCACAGGCGCCACCAUCCUGUCUGCAGGAGCAAACUGAUUUCACAGAGGGCCUUCUGAAAUAUAUUCACAAUGAUUUUUCAGGCACUUUUUGAUUGUAUGGACUUCACCGGCUGGCUGUUGUUGGGUUUUACUGUGUUACUCCUCACAGAUUUGAUCAGAAACUGGAGGCCACACAGCUUUCCCCCCGGACCCUGGGCCGUGCCUUUUCUAGGAAACAUCUUUACAGGAGUCGACUUCAAAACUAUGGAGAGGCUUACUCAGGAGUACGGUCCAGUGUUCAGCUUGAGGAGAGGCGGCGAGAGGACGGUGUUUAUUUCAGGAUACAAGAUGGUCAAAGAGGCUCUUGUUAACCAGCUGGACAGCUUCGUUGACCGCCCCAUUGUCCCUCUCUUCCAUGUUAUCUUCAAAGGGAUUGGUAUAGCUUUGAGCAAUGGUUACCUGUGGAAGAAACAGAGGAAGUUUGCCAGCACUCACCUGCGUUACUUCGGAGAAGGCCACAGGUCCCUGGAAAAAUACAUUGAAGUGGAAAACAACUUCCUCUGUGAAGCUUUCAAAGAGGAGCAAGGAAGACCAUUCAACCCCCACUACACCGUAACGAACGCAGUGAGUAACAUCAUCGCCUCUGUGGUCUUCGGACAUCGCUUUGAAUACAGUGAUCAAAGCUUUCGCAAGGUUCUGGAGUUGGAUAAUGACGCCAUUGUGCUCGCUGGCGCCUUUCAGACUCAGCUGUAUGAUGCCUUCCCUGGCUUGUUCAAAUACCUGCCAGGACCUCACCAGACUGUCCUCGCCAACUACACCGAGAUCUUGGCUUUCCUGAAAAAGGAAGUGAAGAAGCACCAGGAGGAGUGGAACCCAGACGACCCUCGUGAUUUUAUUGAUGUGUACCUGGCAGAGAUGGAGAAGAAAAAGGAGGACCCUGAGGCUGGCUUCAACAUUGAAACCCUUCUGGUUUGCACCCUCGACCUGAUUGAGGCUGGUACAGAAAGUAGUGCCAACACUUUACGCUGGGCCCUUGUGUACAUGAUGCACUACCCAGAGAUACAGGAGAAAGUCCAGGCAGAGAUAGACAGAGUGAUCGGACAGUCUCAUCAACCCACCAUGGCUGACAGACCCGACCUGCCUUACACCGACGCUGUCAUCCAUGAGACCCAAAGGAUGGGGAAUAUUGUUCCCCUGGGAUUCCCCAAAAUGGCCAGUAAAGACACCACACUGGCAGGAUACUUUAUACCCAAAGGCACAGCUGUCAUUACAAUCCUUUCAUCCGUGCUGUUUGAUAAGAAUGAGUGGGAGACUCCAGAUAUCUUCAAUCCCCAGCAUUUCUUGGAUUCAGAGGGACAGUUCCGCAGAAGAGACGCCUUCUUACCGUUUUCAGCAGGUAAACGUGUGUGUAUAGGAGAGCACCUGGCCAGAAUGGAGCUGUUCCUAAUGUUUACAUGUCUCCUCCAACACUUCACCUUCUCUCCUGUCCCUGGAGAGAUGCCCAGCAUUGAGGGAGUCAUGGGCUUUACACAUUCCCCCGAGGAGUUCAGGAUGCUAGCUGUGCCUCGCUAAUGUGCUUCCACCUUUUCUCAUCCCAGCAUUAGCACAAAGCAUCAACGUUCUCCACCUUUAACUCUAAGAUCACAUAUGUGAUUUGCAACUGAAAACUAGUUUGCAUAACAUAUGAGCAUUAUGCACCACAAUAAAUGAUUAUAAAAACAAAGAAGAUCAUUAUGUCCAGGUCAGGGUAUAUUGUGAAGGAUUUAGGAAAAUAUAUUUUAUCAUUACGAAGGUGUAAUGAGAGUUUACUCUAUUUGCCAUGGCAGAAGAGAGCAGCAGCGUCAGACGGCCAAACUUCUCCCAGGAGGAAACUG